UUUUGAAAAAGAAAAAAAAAAAAACUGCACGAAGACAUUCCGAUUAAGCUAUAUCAGAAAACUAACUUUUGUCAAUAAAGUGGUUGGGCUGCGUGCGUGUUCUUGCACCACGGUAAUUUCCAAUAAUGCAAAUCAAUUUGGACGUGCUGUAGGCUGUAGCCUUUUGCUAUGAUCCGUUUUUUGCAGUCUCCAAUAAACAAACAAAGAAGUUUCUUUUUUACUUUUUUUUAGCUCUCGGUUCCGGUGGUUUCGGUCCGUUGCUGAGCGUUGACCAACAACUCAGCUGUCGCGUUAGAGAAACCGCUUCGUAGUCAGAUAUUCAAAAAAAAAAAAAAAACCAAAGAACCUUAUGAAAAAAUACCUCGUGUAGUAUAUGUCUAAUUAUUUUAUGUACCAAACAAUGUGACUGAUAGAUGUUACGCUUUCCAUUUUCUUUCUGCAUCAUAAUUAUACGAAAGCUAUGCUGGCGAUGCCAGGCUAUAUUCACUAGAUCUGCGAUGGUGCGGGACGGGAUCACUGGGAUUACAGUGAAGCGAAGGGAUGGUGCCUUCAAUGUAACUGUACUGGGAUCAUAAUGGACCAUAAAUAGUGUGUGAAAUGCUUUCACGUCUUUCGCAUGCCGGGUAGUACGCGAUACAAUAUCAAGGUAGGCGUUGCAUUAAAUGGAAACGUAUAUACCCCCAACAACGUUGAUACAGGCGGGUGAUUUUGCAGACGAAAAUCUGCAAUGGACCUUGACGCGUUUGUAGAGAGACACUCUGAGCUUCUUGAACUUGAACGAAACGAAGAAGUAGAACAAAAUGCAAAAGCACAAGAGAGGUUCACCUUGAAGGAGCUUGAAAAUAAAGGUCUGGUCAUCAAAAGAGUGUCGUUGGAUUCAUGUUGCACGGGACUGUACGGACGUCGUAUAUUCAAAUUUCGAGCGUGGAAGCGUGGAGCUACCUUGCCAGCCAACAAAUUUGCCAGCGGUGACAUAGCUAGCAUCGUCUUGGCUAGCGACGCGGCGAGAGAAGGAAUCUGUUCUGGUGUUGUCACAAGCAUCACCCAAUCCGUGAUCUCGAUUGCAGUCGACAACGACGGUGAUGAUUCUCUUUGUUAUGAUGAUGGACGCCCCUUCCACCUGUUCAAGCUGGCCAAUGAUGUCACUUUCAGGAGGCUUAAAAGAACGUUGGAGAAGAUGCGGAAGAAGAGAGAAAUUCGUUUCUCACCCUUGAUCGAGUUACUGUUUGGCACCACAAAACCGACGUCGGCUUCUGAGAUGCGCGACCCAGGGAAUGCUCUCAGGUAUUUGAAUGAAAACUUAGAUGCUUCACAGAAAGAAGCCGUUAAGUUUGCUCUAAGCCAAAAGGAAGUCUGUAUAAUUCACGGCCCGCCCGGUACCGGUAAAACGACAACUCUCAUCGAAGUGGUCUUGCAGCUUGUGCGCAAUGGGUCCAAGGUGCUGGCAUGUGCACCAUCCAACAUUGCGGUGGACAACUUGGUGGAGAAGCUAAUCAGCUAUGAGGGAAGCGUUAAAGUUGUACGUCUGGGUCACCCAGCACGUGUGUUGCCGGAGAUUCAGCGCCACUCUCUGGAUGCGGUUCUGGCACGUUCGGACGACUACAUCAUCAGGGAGGACAUAAGGAAAGAACUCGACUCACUCUUGUCAUCAGCAAAGAAAAACUCUGGCAGAAAUUGUUUGAGCGAAGUGGGACGCAGGAGGCGCGAUCUACAGAAGGAGCUGCAGCAGCGAGAGCGCCGGUCCAUCGAGAUGACGCUUCGAAAUGCAGACGUAGUGCUUUCCACUCUGACGACGGCAUCGGACGAAGGACCUCUCAACUGCUUGCCACAGGAAUACUUUGACGUGGCCGUGGUGGACGAAUGCUCGCAGGCACUUGAGGCAGCCUGUUGGAUGGCGUUGCUGCGGGCACCCAAAUGUGUCUUGGCUGGGGAUCACCUGCAGUUACCGCCUACAAUAGUGUCUAAAAGGGCUGCAGAUGGGGGCCUUUCGUUGACGCUGAUGGAACGACUUCUAAAAUUACAUGGAAACUCGAUAAUGAAGAUGCUCACAAUGCAGUACAGAAUGAACGCGGACAUAAUGCGAUGGUCAUCGGACAAGCUCUACGAAGGAAAACUGGAAGCGCAUAAUUCUGUCCAACACCAUUUGCUGAGAGAUAUGCCAGGGGUAGAAGACAACGAAGCUACAUCAACGCCGCUUCUUCUAAUCGAUACAGCAGGAUGUGGCAUGUAUGAAUUGGACACUGUUGACGAAGACUCCAAAGGCAACGAAGGAGAGGCGGACCUGGUAUGUAUCCACGUUGAAAAUCUUAUUUCGAGUGGCGUGAAAGCCGCGGACAUUGCUGUCAUCUCGCCUUACAACCUUCAGGUGGAACUCCUUCGGCUAAGGCUGCGAUCGAAAUACAGUGAUUUAGAGAUCCGAUCGGUGGAUGGCUUUCAGGGAAGAGAGAAAGAAGCCGUGGUCAUGUCAUUUGUGCGAUCCAAUACUGAAGGCACUGUGGGAUUCUUGGCCGAAGAGCGCAGAAUCAAUGUAGCCGUAACGAGAGCAAGACGUCACCUUGCCAUCAUCUGCGAUAGUGCAACGGUGUCGAGGCAUCCAUUUAUCGAGUCACUCGUGGACUACCUUAUGACCAAUGGAAGUGUACAGUGUGCACGAGAGUACAGUGCUGAUCUGGACCGUUGUGAAUCUCUUCGUCCAUCGGAUGUCAAGCUCAAUCAGAAAAAAGUUUCAACUAAAUCGCAGAAAAGUAGCCAUCUUAAGAAACAUCAGAAAGGAGAGACUACAAUGGGAGCGGCACACAAGGGUGGGAGACCAUUUCAACUGGAGCUCAAGUGCGAGGAUGGCGGCCAAGAAGUCAACAGGGAGGAGAGAGUUCUUGAAGAAGUCGAGGAAUUUUUUGCAUCCGCCAGAUCUGUGCACACGUUUCCCAGUACGUUAAAUUCCUACGAAAGAAGGCUGGUACACGAGGUGGCAGAGAAAUUUGGGUUGCUCCACGUAAGCGAAGGGGACGGUGCAGAGAGACGCAUCAUUUUGAGAAAACAAAGUGCACAGAGCCAAGUUCAUCCGCGAUCGCCUCGAGAGUCAAUGCCAGAAGGAAGUGUGGACACCAAUUUGACGUCAGACGGAUGUACCGGUGUGCCCAAUAAAGCGAGGCAACAGAAUGCGGAGGAGCUCAACGUGACAUCGAGCGUGUCGGAAACAGCGGAGGAGGACCCAGCUUCGGAGCGAAUCGUGCGGAAUAAAAAGGAAGGAAGACGCGGCAAAGCCGCCAACAACACCAACCAAGAUGAGCCGGGUGACGACUUUGAUGCGCUCAUUGCGAGCUUUGUGACAGCCGACAAUACCUGCGCUCAAGCGCAAUGUCACGAGAAGAUCAAUACGGUGCUUCUGGGACGGGGAGGACCGUGCCCGCUAUGCAACCGGGGCUUCUGUUUCUCGCACGCCCUGCCCGAAGUUCACGGGUGCGGAGAGGCAGCUAGAGCUGCUGCGAGAGCGGCCUGGAAGAAAUCCGGGACGCACGCCCCGCCGAUGAAGGCAGAUAAGAAGGCGCAGGUCAAAAAGGCGCUUGGCAGGAAGUUGGAGACUCUGGCAGAGAAACGAAAAAAAAACUGAAGAAUUGCUUUUCCGUUAUGUAAUGCUACAUUCGUCGCUGUUGUGGCCAGUGUUGGUGGUGAAAUCAAUAACUGAUACAGAUGUAGAAUAAUAGAAUCUUUGAUACAUUA